GAGAGAGGUUGUAUCUUGGUCUGUCUCCUCCCUUUUCCUUGUGAUUUUCAGUCCUGUGACAUCCACAUUGUGAUAGGCUUCCUUCCCUCCCCUCUGGCUGAGCUGCAGCCUCUGCAGUCAUGGCUGCUGAUGGGAUUGAUGAACGCUCUCCCCUGAUCUCACCCAAUUCUGGCAAUGUUACCCCCACCGCGCCCCCCUACAUCCAGGAGAGCAGCCUGCGAGCUGAAUUACCGCCUCCAUACACGGCUAUUGCCAGCCCAGAUGCCAGUGGAGUUCCUGUUAUAAACUGCCGGGUGUGCCAGUCUCUUAUUAAUUUGGAUGGCAAGCUGCAUCAGCAUGUUGUAAAGUGUACUGUCUGCAAUGAGGCUACGCCAAUCAAAACGCCUCCUUCAGGAAAGAAAUAUGUCCGGUGUCCAUGUAACUGCCUUCUCAUAUGUAAAGAUUCAUCUCGGAGGAUAGGAUGUCCAAGACCUAACUGUAGACGUAUUAUUAAUCUUGGUCCAGUAAUGCUGAUUCCAGAAGAACAGCCAGCUCAACCUGCACUUCCAGUUCAACCAGAAGGUACCAGGGUUGUUUGUGGCCAUUGUGGAAAUACAUUUCUGUGGAUGGAGUUGAGAUUUAAUACUUUGGCUAAGUGUCCACACUGCAAAAAAAUAUCCUCUGUUGGAAGCGCUCUCCCACGCAGACGCUGCUGUGCGUACAUCACUAUGGGAAUGAUAUGUAUCUUUAUUGGGGUUGGUUUAACUGUUGGAACCCAGGAUUUUGCCCGACGUUUCCAUGCUACAUACGUGUCUUGGGCGGUCUCUUAUCUUUUAGGAUUAGUAUGUCUAAUUCGGGCUUGCUACUGGGGAGCCAUUAAAGUUAGUUAUCCAGAACACAGCUUUGCAUAGACUUACCUGUAAUGGAUGUAGUAAGUUAUGAGAUCUUUUGGGGGGUGGAGGGGAGUUUAUUUACUAAAUGGUCCAACAGAGUUGUAAACUACAGGCCAAAAUGGUGCGAAAGUCAUCAGAGUUGGUAUUUUUUCUCCACUUCUGCUAUUGGCGUGAAUUCCGUAAUUCAAAUCGCAACCAGUCAGUAUUUCGUAAAUACGCCCCCUUGUCUAACCCCAUACACGGUUCGAUUUAAAUCAGGACUGGAAGAUGCAGGCUUCUCCAGCCCUGCAGAGCUUACACCUCUGUCUUUAAGAGUUCCUCUCCUUUUCCGGUAGGCAUUAAGACUGAGUGAAGGAUACUGUUUUGAUAUUAGCCAGUCAUGCUUGAAAAAAAAAAAAAAGUACUCAUUGCACUACAUUAUAUGCAAAUAGUUUUUGUUUUUGCUGCUAUCUAUCAAAGCUCUGAAUAUAUAAGCUAUGUUUACAUGUUCAGGCAUCUGUUCUGUGUAUUGUUGAAUAAUUCCAUCGUGAUCCAUUUCACAUUAUUUUUUCCCUUUAUUUUAUCUUCCAUCUGUGCCAUUCUGUGGGUGUUAUGUAACUAUCAAUAAGUCUUCAUAUAUAUGUCUUUUCUACAGUAGCUAAAGAAUUUUGUAUUUAAGUUCUAUUUAUUCUAGCGGCUUGCUUUUAAGGUGCAAUUUAAUUGUCUUGGCUUCUUGGUGCUUCUCUGUUGGUUACAUACUCACGUUUAAUUUGUUAAAUUAUAAGCAUCUUGUUUUUAUUUGGAUGCUAUCGUAAUCAACUUUUUGUCUCUCUUCCACACUCAAAUUGCUCUAACCAACGGAAGCUCAAGUCAAUGGUACUCUUUUCCACAAUGUAGAAAACAAAUGGGAUCCUCAGCUUAAUGACAGACAGGACUUGAGCAGUGUUAUUCACCAACGUGAGAAUUUGUGAUUUUCAAAUUUAAGGUCAAAGUAGCCGAACAGGUAAAACAAAGCCCUCUUACUUUCAGUUAGGCUAGUCUGGCCUUAAAUUUAAAAUUUACUUUGAAUUCUCACUUUAGUAAAUACCGCUGUUAGAGGAUAAAAAGUCGGCUUCAUUGCAAUAUAUUUUUUGGAAAUUAUUUAUGAUUUACUUAAGUCAAAGUUCUAAUUUCCCAGAAACAUCAAAAUGUCAAAGUAGAUUGAUUGCACCAUGAAGCGUUGAGCAAUAAAUAUUUGCUUAAAAUGCAUCACCGUGUUUUCCCUAAAACCAUAGAUAGAACCCCUAUCAGGACAUGUUAUAAACAAUUGUACUUUUCUGUAUGAACCCUUUCUAUUAAGCAGUCUAAAAUGUCUAGCAGUACUUCCAUCAGGGUGAAAGGAAGCCACAUACACAUGUAGGGCCCUAACAAUAAGAUUACUGUAUGCAUAUAAAUUAAAAAUUACAGCUGUUUUUUCUUUUUUUUUUAUUAUCUCUGCAACAGAGAAUUACUUGGCUCAAGGAUGUCUUUUCUACCAGUAUUAAAAGCCAUUGUUCUAUGAUACGUGGAAUGUACUGAUUACGAUUUGUAUAAUUUCCUAAUGAGGAUUGGGGGUUAUGGGCAUGGGGGGUGGGAGGGCAGGAGAGGGAGAAUUAGGGACAAUGUUUUUUGUCAUUUUAUGUACUGAUGUUUAGGAUUUUUUUGUAUGUUUUUUUUGUUUUGUUUGUUUUUUGUACUGUUCUAGGGAUGUGGGUAGGAAUAAUUAAACAGAUCCAUUCAAAUUACACAUUUAAAGUACUUCUGAUUUCUUAAUUCGCUGUAAAAACAGAGUUUAAAAAUAUUACAACAAUAUCAUGUAGAUAAUGUGCUGAGUCCUCCUGUCUCAUUGUUCAAACGCCCUUACUAAGCUUAUGCAAAUUUAGAUUUCUGGAUGGUAGAGCCCUAUUCUAUAUGUGGUUGUUGAACUAAUUCAGCUAAAUGGAAAAAUGUGUGGAUAGCAAACUAAUUCUUAGUGAGAACAUAUUGGGUAAUAUUUUAUCUCGAUGCCAGAGCACAAUAAUUGUAUUCCCCAAAUCCCAUUACCUCUUUGUAUGAUAAAUGUACAUUAUUACUAUUAGCUCGUUCAGGACUUAUUGUAUCUUUUAAAAUAUUACUAAUAAAGAUUAUUAUACAAAUCCAA